AUGUUUUUACUCAAUCUUCCCCCAGGAUUGACCCUUCUCAUCUCCAAUCUCCUAUGGCCAAGAGACCUCAACUCUCCGGCUUGGACAUCUCGCGACUUCGCAUUCUUCUUCGACCCACUCCUCCAAGACCGCGCUCUGGUCGACCCGAACCCCGUCCUAGUCUGGGCUGCCAGAAACGGGCGUAGAGAGACAAUCCACAAGAUCCAGUCAUUCACGCAGCAUAAACAGGCCAAAAUCGACAGUGUAUUGAAGGCUCGCCUGGUGAUGGUUGUUACUCUGCAUGCACAGGUCGACCUUUUGGAUUAUCUUGUCGGCACUCUCGGGGCCGACCUCUCUGCUAGACUUCCCGUGUACACCACCAAGUAUUCUCAUCCUUCACUAAGCGGUGCCAUAUACGCCACGCCAACAACAGCACUCCAUGCAGCCGCAUUGGGACAGAAUGAAGCCGUAGCGCGGAGGCUGAUCGAACUCGGUGCAGAUGUCAACGCUGUUGACAAAAACGGUGCCUCUCCUUUGACCUAUGCCGCCGACAAUCCAACAGGAACACCAGCAGCGAGUCCGUUGCACCGGGCCGCGUACCGCGGGAACAUAGAAGCCAUAAAACUGCUCUUGGCCUAUGGUGCGGAUGUCGCGGCGCGCAGCUCCUAUAACUUUCUCCCGUGGCAUCAUGCGGCAGAGCGUGGCCAUUACGAAGCGGUCGUCUUGCUGGUCGAGGGAGGGAGCGAUGUCAACGCCAGGAUUGUUAUUGGGUGGAGGCCUCUUGAUAUAGCUGGGAACAGGAAUGGCGGCGAUACGAUCCUAUUCUUGGGCAUUACCGGCAUGUUCGCCCAGCGUGGUAUUUCAGGGAAGGAGCUGGACGGUCACAAGCUCAGGGAUCUCAAAGUCGGCGAUGCAACCAGAUAUUGA